AUGGAUGAUUUGAGGUGGGUGUUGAGGAGUGUCAAUGAUUUGAGGUGGGUGUUGAGGAGUGUCAAUGAUUUGAGGUGGGUGUUGAGGAGUGUCAAUGAUUUGAGGUGGGUGUUGAGGAGUGUCAAUGAUUUGAGGUGGGUGUUGAGGAGUGUCAAUGAUUUGAGGUGGGUGUUGAGGAGUGUCAAUGAUUUGAGGUGGGUGUUGAGGAGUGUCAAUGAUUUGAGGUGGGUGUUGAGGAGUGUCAAUGAUUUGAGGUGGGUGUUGAGGAGUGUCAAUGAUUUGAGGUGGGUGUUGAGGAGUGUCAAUGAUUUGAGGUGGGUGUUGAGGAGUGUCAAUGAUUUGAGGUGGGUGUUGAGGAGUGUCAAUGAUUUGAGGUGGGUGUUGAGGAGUGUCAAUGAUUUGAGGUGGGUGUUGAGGAGUGUCAAUGAUUUGAGGUGGGUGUUGAGGAGUGUCAAUGAUUUGAGGUGGGUGUUGAGGAGUGUCAAUGAUUUGAGGUGGGUGUUGAGGAGUGUCAAUGAUUUGAGGUGGGUGUUGAGGAGUGUCAAUGAUUUGAGGUGGGUGUUGAGGAGUGUCAAUGAUUUGAGGUGGGUGUUGAGGAGUGUCAAUGAUUUGAGGUGGGUGUUGAGGAGUGUCAAUGAUUUGAGGUGGGUGUUGAGGAGUGUCAAUGAUUUGAGGUGGGUGUUGAGGAGUGUCAAUGAUUUGAGGUGGGUGUUGAGGAGUGUCAAUGAUUUGAGGUGGGUGUUGAGGAGUGUCAAUGAUUUGAGGUGGGUGUUGAGGAGUGUCAAUGAUUUGAGGUGGGUGUUGAGGAGUGUCAAUGAUUUGAGGUGGGUGUUGAGGAGUGUCAAUGAUUUGAGGUGGGUGUUGAGGAGUGUCAAUGAUUUGAGGUGGGUGUUGAGGAGUGUCAAUGAUUUGAGGUGGGUGUUGAGGAGUGUCAAUGAUUUGAGGUGGGUGUUGAGGAGUGUCAAUGAUUUGAGGUGGGUGUUGAGGAGUGUCAAUGAUUUGAGGUGGGUGUUGAGGAGUGUCAAUGAUUUGAGGUGGGUGUUGAGGAGUGUCAAUGAUUUGAGGUGGGUGUUGAGGAGUGUCAAUGAUUUGAGGUGGGUGUUGAGGAGUGUCAAUGAUUUGAGGUGGGUGUUGAGGAGUGUCAAUGAUUUGAGGUGGGUGUUGAGGAGUGUCAAUGAUUUGAGGUGGGUGUUGAGGAGUGUCAAUGAUUUGAGGUGGGUGUUGAGGAGUGUCAAUGAUUUGAGGUGGGUGUUGAGGAGUGUCAAUGAUUUGAGGUGGGUGUUGAGGAGUGUCAAUGAUUUGAGGUGGGUGUUGAGGAGUGUCAAUGAUUUGAGGUGGGUGUUGAGGAGUGUCAAUGAUUUGAGGUGGGUGUUGAGGAGUGUCAAUGAUUUGAGGUGGGUGUUGAGGAGUGUCAAUGAUUUGAGGUGGGUGUUGAGGAGUGUCAAUGAUUUGAGGUGGGUGUUGAGGAGUGUCAAUGAUUUGAGGUGGGUGUUGAGGAGUGUCAAUGAUUUGAGGUGGGUGUUGAGGAGUGUCAAUGAUUUGAGGUGGGUGUUGAGGAGUGUCAAUGAUUUGAGGUGGGUGUUGAGGAGUGUCAAUGAUUUGAGGUGGGUGUUGAGGAGUGUCAAUGAUUUGAGGUGGGUGUUGAGGAGUGUCAAUGAUUUGAGGUGGGUGUUGAGGAGUGUCAAUGAUUUGAGGUGGGUGUUGAGGAGUGUCAAUGAUUUGAGGUGGGUGUUGAGGAGUGUCAAUGAUUUGAGGUGGGUGUUGAGGAGUGUCAAUGAUUUGAGGUGGGUGUUGAGGAGUGUCAAUGAUUUGAGGUGGGUGUUGAGGAGUGUCAAUGAUUUGAGGUGGGUGUUGAGGAGUGUCAAUGAUUUGAGGUGGGUGUUGAGGAGUGUCAAUGAUUUGAGGUGGGUGUUGAGGAGUGUCAAUGAUUUGAGGUGGGUGUUGAGGAGUGUCAAUGAUUUGAGGUGGGUGUUGAGGAGUGUCAAUGAUUUGAGGUGGGUGUUGAGGAGUGUCAAUGAUUUGAGGUGGGUGUUGAGGAGUGUCAAUGAUUUGAGGUGGGUGUUGAGGAGUGUCAAUGAUUUGAGGUGGGUGUUGAGGAGUGUCAAUGAUUUGAGGUGGGUGUUGAGGAGUGUCAAUGAUUUGAGGUGGGUGUUGAGGAGUGUCAAUGAUUUGAGGUGGGUGUUGAGGAGUGUCAAUGAUUUGAGGUGGGUGUUGAGGAGUGUCAAUGAUUUGAGGUGGGUGUUGAGGAGUGUCAAUGAUUUGAGGUGGGUGUUGAGGAGUGUCAAUGAUUUGAGUGUCAAUGAUUUGAGGUGGGUGUUGAGGAGUGUCAAUGAUUUGAGGUGGGUGUUGAGGAGUGUCAAUGAUUUGAGGUGGGUGUUGAGGAGUGUCAAUGAUUUGAGGUGGGUGUUGAGGAGUGUCAAUGAUUUGAGGUGGGUGUUGAGGAGUGUCAAUGAUUUGAGGUGGGUGUUGAGGAGUGUCAAUGAUUUGAGGUGGGUGUUGAGGAGUGUCAAUGAUUUGAGGUGGGUGUUGAGGAGUGUCAAUGAUUUGAGGUGGGUGUUGAGGAGUGUCAAUGAUUUGAGGUGGGUGUUGAGGAGUGUCAAUGAUUUGAGGUGGGUGUUGAGGAGUGUCAAUGAUUUGAGGUGGGUGUUGAGGAGUGUCAAUGAUUUGAGGUGGGUGUUGAGGAGUGUCAAUGAUUUGAGGUGGGUGUUGAGGAGUGUCAAUGAUUUGAGGUGGGUGUUGAGGAGUGUCAAUGAUUUGAGGUGGGUGUUGAGGAGUGUCAAUGAUUUGAGGUGGGUGUUGAGGAGUGUCAAUGAUUUGAGGUGGGUGUUGAGGAGUGUCAAUGAUUUGAGGUGGGUGUUGAGGAGUGUCAAUGAUUUGAGGUGGGUGUUGAGGAGUGUCAAUGAUUUGAGGUGGGUGUUGAGGAGUGUCAAUGAUUUGAGGUGGGUGUUGAGGAGUGUCAAUGAUUUGAGGUGGGUGUUGAGGAGUGUCAAUGAUUUGAGGUGGGUGUUGAGGAGUGUCAAUGAUUUGAGGUGGGUGUUGAGGAGUGUCAAUGAUUUGAGGUGGGUGUUGAGGAGUGUCAAUGAUUUGAGGUGGGUGUUGAGGAGUGUCAAUGAUUUGAGGUGGGUGUUGAGGAGUGUCAAUGAUUUGAGGUGGGUGUUGAGGAGUGUCAAUGAUUUGAGGUGGGUGUUGAGGAGUGUCAAUGAUUUGAGGUGGGUGUUGAGGAGUGUCAAUGAUUUGAGGUGGGUGUUGAGGAGUGUCAAUGAUUUGAGGUGGGUGUUGAGGAGUGUCAAUGAUUUGAGGUGGGUGUUGAGGAGUGUCAAUGAUUUGAGGUGGGUGUUGAGGAGUGUCAAUGAUUUGAGGUGGGUGUUGAGGAGUGUCAAUGAUUUGAGGUGGGUGUUGAGGAGUGUCAAUGAUUUGAGGUGGGUGUUGAGGAGUGUCAAUGAUUUGAGGUGGGUGUUGAGGAGUGUCAAUGAUUUGAGGUGGGUGUUGAGGAGUGUCAAUGAUUUGAGGUGGGUGUUGAGGAGUGUCAAUGAUUUGAGGUGGGUGUUGAGGAGUGUCAAUGAUUUGAGGUGGGUGUUGAGGAGUGUCAAUGAUUUGAGGUGGGUGUUGAGGAGUGUCAAUGAUUUGAGGUGGGUGUUGAGGAGUGUCAAUGAUUUGAGGUGGGUGUUGAGGAGUGUCAAUGAUUUGAGGUGGGUGUUGAGGAGUGUCAAUGAUUUGAGGUGGGUGUUGAGGAGUGUCAAUGAUUUGAGGUGGGUGUUGAGGAGUGUCAAUGAUUUGAGGUGGGUGUUGAGGAGUGUCAAUGAUUUGAGGUGGGUGUUGAGGAGUGUCAAUGAUUUGAGGUGGGUGUUGAGGAGUGUCAAUGAUUUGAGGUGGGUGUUGAGGAGUGUCAAUGAUUUGAGGUGGGUGUUGAGGAGUGUCAAUGAUUUGAGGUGGGUGUUGAGGAGUGUCAAUGAUUUGAGGUGGGUGUUGAGGAGUGUCAAUGAUUUGAGGUGGGUGUUGAGGAGUGUCAAUGAUUUGAGGUGGGUGUUGAGGAGUGUCAAUGAUUUGAGGUGGGUGUUGAGGAGUGUCAAUGAUUUGAGGUGGGUGUUGAGGAGUGUCAAUGAUUUGAGGUGGGUGUUGAGGAGUGUCAAUGAUUUGAGGUGGGUGUUGAGGAGUGUCAAUGAUUUGAGGUGGGUGUUGAGGAGUGUCAAUGAUUUGAGGUGGGUGUUGAGGAGUGUCAAUGAUUUGAGGUGGGUGUUGAGGAGUGUCAAUGAUUUGAGGUGGGUGUUGAGGAGUGUCAAUGAUUUGAGGUGGGUGUUGAGGAGUGUCAAUGAUUUGAGGUGGGUGUUGAGGAGUGUCAAUGAUUUGAGGUGGGUGUUGAGGAGUGUCAAUGAUUUGAGGUGGGUGUUGAGGAGUGUCAAUGAUUUGAGGUGGGUGUUGAGGAGUGUCAAUGAUUUGAGGUGGGUGUUGAGGAGUGUCAAUGAUUUGAGGUGGGUGUUGAGGAGUGUCAAUGAUUUGAGGUGGGUGUUGAGGAGUGUCAAUGAUUUGAGGUGGGUGUUGAGGAGUGUCAAUGAUUUGAGGUGGGUGUUGAGGAGUGUCAAUGAUUUGAGGUGGGUGUUGAGGAGUGUCAAUGAUUUGAGGUGGGUGUUGAGGAGUGUCAAUGAUUUGAGGUGGGUGUUGAGGAGUGUCAAUGAUUUGAGGUGGGUGUUGAGGAGUGUCAAUGAUUUGAGGUGGGUGUUGAGGAGUGUCAAUGAUUUGAGGUGGGUGUUGAGGAGUGUCAAUGAUUUGAGGUGGGUGUUGAGGAGUGUCAAUGAUUUGAGGUGGGUGUUGAGGAGUGUCAAUGAUUUGAGGUGGGUGUUGAGGAGUGUCAAUGAUUUGAGGUGGGUGUUGAGGAGUGUCAAUGAUUUGAGGUGGGUGUUGAGGAGUGUCAAUGAUUUGAGGUGGGUGUUGAGGAGUGUCAAUGAUUUGAGGUGGGUGUUGAGGAGUGUCAAUGAUUUGAGGUGGGUGUUGAGGAGUGUCAAUGAUUUGAGGUGGGUGUGUUGA